GUUCCUUUCGCAUGCGCAGAACGCUCCGGGGUAACAGUGCGCAUGCGUAAACGUGUAUUCACAACAGCACGGACACAACGCACGUUUGUUGGUGAAAUGGAUUCCCAGAAAGAGGUCCAGCCUCCUAAACAGCAGCCCAUGAUUUACAUCUGUGGAGAGUGUCACACAGAAAAUGAGAUCAAGGCCCGAGACCCGAUACGCUGUAGAGAAUGUGGCUACAGAAUCAUGUACAAGAAGAGGACGAAGAGACUGGUCGUGUUCGAUGCUCGAUGAUCUCCAGCCCCACAUGUUUUCCUCUGAGCUCAAACUCUUCUUCCAUUUUUUUCCCACUUUCUUUUGGUUUGAAAUUGUAAAUAAGUGUGUACAAGUUCAGUGAUCAAAUACAGUUUUGUGUAUUAAAAAGCCCGCCGAGUUCUCGUCCUG